UCAACAUUUUAAUAAGAAAAUUAUUAUUUUAGCGUUUUAGAAAUAAAAAUAUCAGAAAAAAAGAACCGACGAGGCGCAUUUGAACGCAGCACAAAGAAGGCGGCACCAUUGGUUGCCACCAUGCGAAGAACCAAUCAGAGGUCAGAGUUGAACAUCGCAACACCAAUCAGCGGCGAGGGCCGGUCUGACCGCGGAGGUAGUGGUCUGGCUGUUCGCUGGAAGGGCUUCAGGGACAUCCUCCAGCCCGUUCCGCCGCCGAACUCGCCGCCGGACGGGCCGGCCUUCAUGGACGUUCCCUUCGUUUUCAUCCCGCGCGGAAAAACCCUGCGAACCUCCGAGGAAGCGAAUCCCCCUUGAGCGACACGUAACCGCGAUGCCAUCCCCGAUGGAGGGGUCCUCUGAAGAAGGGGGUGACCUGUUCACCGUCAAGCACGAGCUGAGGAACGCAAACCUGACGGGUCACGUGGAGCGGGUCGGCAUGGAGAACUUUGAGCUGCUGAAGGUCCUGGGUACCGGAGCGUACGGGAAAGUGUUCCUGGUCAGGAAGGUGAGCGGCCACGACGCCGGGAAGCUGUACGCCAUGAAGGUGCUGAAGAAGGCCACCAUCGUGCAGAAGGCCAAGACGGCCGAACACACGCGCACGGAGCGCCAAGUGCUGGAGCACAUUCGCCAGUCCCCCUUCCUCGUGACCCUCCACUACGCCUUCCAGACCGACACCAAGCUGCACCUCAUCCUGGAUUACGUGAACGGCGGGGAGCUCUUCACUCACCUGGUGCAGAGGGUUCGCUUCAAGGAGCAGGAGGUGGCGCUCUACAGCGGGGAGAUCGUCUUGGCCCUGGAGCAUCUCCACGCGCUCGGGAUCGUCUACCGGGACCUAAAGCUGGAGAACGUCCUCCUGGACUCCAACGGCCACAUCGUUCUCACCGACUUCGGCCUCAGCAAAGAGUUUGAUCAGGCCGAGCGGGCGUUCUCCGUCUGUGGAACCAUCGAGUACAUGGCUCCGGAAAUCGUUGAAGGAGGAAAGUCUGGACACGACAUGGCGGUGGACUGGUGGAGCCUCGGCGUGUUGAUGUACGAGCUUCUGACGGGCGGGUCGCCCUACACCGUGGACGGGGGCGAGAACUCUCAUUCGGACAUCGCCAGGAGGAUCCUAAAGAAGGACCCCCCCUUCCCCAAAGACAUGGAUCCUUCCGCCAAAGACUUGAUCCAGCGCCUCCUCACCAAAGACCCGACGAAGAGGCUGGGUUCCGGUCCCGACGGGGCGGAAAACGUGAAGAAGCAUCCCUUCUAUCAGAACAUCAGCUGGGAGGACCUGGCGGCGAAGAAGGUCCCGGCCCCGUUCAAGCCCGUCAUCCGGGACGAGCUGGACGUCAGCAACUUCGCGGAGGAGUUCACGGAGAUGGACCCCACCUACUCCCCCGCGGCGCUGCCCCAGAACUGCGACCGCAUCUUUCAGGGUUACUCCUUCAUGGCGCCGUCCAUCCUCUUCAAGAGGAACGUGGUGAUGGACGACCCCAUCCAGCUGUGCGGGGGGGCGGACAGGCCCGGGUCGGCGGCGGUGGCGCGCAGUUCCAUGAUGAAGGACUCCCCUUUCUACCUGAACUACGACAUGGACCUGAAGGACAGCGCUCUGGGGGAGGGAAGCUUCUCCAUCUGCAGACGCUGCACCCACAAGAAGACCGGACAGAAGUACGCCGUCAAGAUCGUCAGCAAGAGGAUGGAGGCUCAGACUCAGCGGGAAAUCGCCGCUCUGAAGCUCUGUGACGGCCAUCCCAACAUCGUGAAGCUACACGAGAUCUACCACGACCAGCUCCACACCUUCCUGGUCCUGGAGCUGCUGGGGGGCGGAGAGCUGCUGGAGCGCAUCCGCAGGAAGCAGCACUUCAGCGAGACGGAGGCCAGCCGCAUCAUGCGCAGGCUGGUGUCUGCGGUCAGCCACAUGCACGACGUGGGCGUGGUGCACCGGGACCUGAAGCCAGAGAACCUGCUCUUCACAGAUGAGAGUGAGAACUCGGGGAUAAAAAUCAUAGACUUUGGCUUUGCUCGUCUCAAACCACCAGACCAGCAGCUGCUGAAGACGCCCUGCUUCACGCUGCAGUACGCCGCUCCCGAGAUCCUCAAGUACGACGGCUACGACGAGUCCUGCGACCUGUGGAGUCUGGGGGUCAUUCUGUACACCAUGCUGUCCGGACAGGUGCCCUUCCAGUGUCAGGAGCCCACCCUGACCCACACCAGCGCCGAGGAGAUCAUGAAGAAGAUCAAGCAGGGAGACUUUUCCUUUGAGGGGGAGGCGUGGAGGAACGUGUCCCAGCAGGCCAAAGACCUCAUUCAAGAGCUGCUGACCGUGGAUCCAAACAAGAGGAUCAAGAUGUGUGGUCUGCGCUACAACGCGUGGCUGCAGGACGACAGCCAGCUGUCCUCCAACCCGCUCAUGACGCCGGACGUCCUGGCGUCCUCCACCGCCACCGUGCACACCUGCGUCAAAGCCACCUUCAACGCGUUCAACAAGUGCAAGCGGGAAGGCUUCCGCCUCCAAACCGUGGACAAGGCGCCGCUCGCCAAGAGGAGGAAAAUGAAGAAGACGAGCACGAGCACGGAGACGCGCAGCAGCUCCAGCGAGAGCACACACUCCUCCUCCUCCUCCUCCCAGUCUCAGGAGAAGACUUCUCCGGAAGACGCCCACCCUCACAGCACCCCGGUCAGCCCUCCCGUCACCCUGGUAACGGACUCCGAGGCCCCACCGGGACCCCCCGCCUUCCAUUUCUCAGAGGGACAGUGAGGCAGAGCGGGGGGGAUGCAGCGGAGCGGCCCGUCCUCCUCAGAAGUAGUUAAGCUUUCCUCUGACUCACAAGUGACCUGUUCAGGGGCGGAGCUUCCCUGUUCUUUGAGGAGAACCGGGCUGGCCUGCUGACCCGGGUCAGAUGGACCCCAAGGUACCGUCAUCUGCUCCCAAAGUCAAAGAAGGGAAGGUGUCAGAUUUUUACAAGCAUUUUCCAAACUGAACUUUACUUAUAAACAGAUUUAUUGUUCAUUUAUUUCUGCUGGAUGGAAGCGCCGAGUCCGAUCAGAACCAGAACCGGCAGUCCCUGUUUUUCCUCUGGACUUAUUCCAAACCCAAAUGAUGAUUCAUCUGUGAGAUUUCACAUGAAGAUGGUCAGAUUAUCACAGGGGGGUGGGGGUGGGGCGGGUCCAGAUCGACAGCAGAACCAUCUGGACUGAAGUUGUUCUGUGAAGGUUGUUCUGCAGCGCUGCCCCCUGCUGGUGACCUCUGAUGCGGCGGCGCUCAGAUCUCAGUCCAGAGUCUGGACUUUGACCCACAGCAGAGGUUCUGACCGGGUUCAGUCUGAACAUUUCAUGGGCUCCACGCAGAACCAGACCCGUUUAAACAGAAUCCCCAGAAUUUAGCGACCUGCUGGUAGAGUGUCUGACCUGAAACUGUGCGGUGGGUUUGAAUCCACUGUGGACUACCGCAUGGGGGGGGGGGUGUUUCAGGAUGAAACGGCUGCUGAGACUCUGCAGGCUACAGGCAGCCCCCCCCCCCCCAUGUUGGUAUCAAACCCGGUCCAGUCAACGUCUGUCAUCCAGAGAAGCUCCGUCAUGUUUGGGCGCCGGCGGAAAGGCGGCGUUUCUGCCACGUUUGCUCGUCCCGAUCAAACUUCAGUCACCGCUGUACUUUGAGCAGAAACGGAGAAACAAAAAGCUCUUUUCUCCUCAGAGGAGCAGGAACGGCUGCUUCUGAAGACUACAAAGCCCUCGUCUUCCUCUGCUGGCGGCGGUUCCCCGCUGCCGCCUCAUUAAGCCUCUUUCCUUUUGUUUGGGUGUAUUAAUAGCUCAAGUGGAGGAAGAGGAAGAGUGUCCUAAAUUGAGCUCUCCUCUGGGAGCCAGCCUCCAUUAGCUGCUGCGCUGCACUGAGAAGAAAGGAGCGGCUCCUCCGUCCCUGCAGGGCCCGGCUCAGCCCAGCGGCACCGGGACCCGCGUGAAGGAGGAGAAACGGAGGAUGGUUCUGAUUGGAGCUCCUGCGGCCUCCUUUUCUCCCCCUGAAACCUGUUUUAGGUCAUCCGACUGGAAGCGGGUCAGAACCUUCAGAGACAUGGAGCUGCAGCCCUGAGACACUUCAGGGUCCUGCUGACCCAGUAAAUCCGGGUCUCAGUUUAGCUCAGAUCUCCUGAAUCAAUGAAGCUCCUGUCCAUGUUGGUGGUUCAGAAGGUCCGUUUGGUGCAAGACAACCCGACCGGGCUGAAGGCCGAAUGGACGGUGGAGGAUCAUCCGUUUUCUGAGGGUUCCUUCCUCUGAAAGCUCCUCCUCUGCUCUCCAGGGGCGAAGCUUUUCUGAACAGACACAUCUGUACAGUCUGGUUCUGGUUCUGGUCAGGAUCGGAUCUGCUGAGAUGAUCAGUAAGGACAUUUCUGCAGCCAGAAUUUGUCAAAGGAACGAUUCCUCCUGCAGAGUCCGCCACUAGAGGGCAGUGUUUGACAAAGUAUGGAAGAGGCCGUGAAAUAAGAGUUUAACUGUAAAACUGUGAGUUCAGGAAAAAUGGAUUUAAGGAAAGAGAAGCUUCUGGAAAAAGCAUAUAAAAAUGUUUAAAAGGGAUUAACUGUGUUAGAAACAGUGUGAAAUAUUAUAAAGUUUAAAUGAAAAUAAGUUGUUUUUGCUGAAGAGGAAACCUUUACGCUUUUCUCUCUUGUAAAGUAAUUUAUUUUUAAUAAAUUUAUAAUAAUGA